AUGGAAAAAGCCAUAUCCCCUUCGCCCACAAAGUUCCUUUCGGAGGUGUCAUUUGUUACGCAUGUUCAAAUGUGCAUAAAUGACAUUGUAGAUAUAAAUGACGCUUACGUUUGUUCUUUAGAGUUAUCUCGACGUGUUGAUAUCGAUUCUAUGCAAAGACUUUUGGCACAGAAGGAGAAGCUCAGUUCAGAGCAGCUGUGUAAUGGAUUGGAAUCAGAAUUUGCAAAGAUUUUGGAGUAUUCCAGAUCUUUAUCUUCCACGCAAAAACCAGAUUACCGAUUCAUUCACAAAUUACUGGAUGAUAUAAUCGAAAGAAAAUGA